GUGGAUUAUUUCUUUCUACAAACUAUAUACUAAAAAUGGGUUUUCCCAACAACAUCAAUGGAAUUCUUGUAAUAGUAGUAUUAAGUACCUUAGUGGCCUUGUCACAAGGCCAAGGUACGAGGAUAGGGUUCUACGCGACCACGUGCCCUCGUGCCGAGUCGAUAGUUCAGACGACCGUGAGGUCGCAUUUCCGGACUAACCCUACGAUUGCCGCGGGUUUGCUCAGAAUGCACUUCCACGAUUGCUUUGUUGAGGGUUGCGACGGCUCCAUUCUCAUUGAUGGUCCUAACACCGAGAAGACUGCGGGGCCCAACCGUCUGUUGAGAGGAUACGAAGUCAUCGACGAUGCUAAACAGCAAAUCGAGCGAGUGUGCCCUGGUGUGGUCUCUUGUGCCGACAUUCUCGCUCUUGCUGCUCGUGAUUCCGUCGUCGUCAGUGGCGGAGGGAGCUGGGCUGUGCCGACCGGGCGGCGCGACGGCCGGGUGUCACAGGCAAGCGCCACCGCCAACCUACCUGGUUUCCGCGAUUCCGUCGACGUCCAAAAGCAGAAGUUUCUAGAUAAAAAUCUCAACACUCAAGACCUAGUUGCCUUAGUUGGAGGCCACACCAUCGGAACCUCAGCCUGCCAGUUCUUCAGCUACCGUCUGUACAACUUCACCAACGGCGGGCCCGACCCGACCAUCGAUCCCGCGUUCCUGGCCACGCUCCGCGGCCUGUGCCCCAACGGGGGAGACGGCACGAGGCGCGUGGGGCUUGACAAUGGGAGCGAGACCCGUUUCGACGCGGGCUACUUCGCCAAGCUGAGGGACGGGCGUGGGGUCCUCGAGUCGGACCAGCGGCUGUGGGGCGACGCCUCGACGAGAAGCGUCGUGCAGCGCUUCAUCGGCGUGAGGGGCGUGGCCGGGCUCACGUUCGGCAUCGAGUUCGGGAGGUCGAUGGUCAAGAUGAGCAAUGUCGAGGUUAAGACGGGCACCAACGGCGAGAUCCGUACAGUUUGCUCCGCGGUUAAUUAGGUUAUGGCGGCGGCGACAAUUUGUUAGAUGCUUAGAUGCGGCUGAAUUUAGUUAUGGUGGUCAGGUAACUAAAAUUGGAAUAUUUGUUCAUGUAACUAAAUUUUUGUUAUGUCGCUUUGUGUUUUGUUAAGGUUGGAUUAAUGUCAUAUUUGCAAUGUCUUUGCCAUAAUAAAAAUUAAUUUGUAAUUUUGUAUUACUUUCGAUUUUUAAUAAUUUUGAAAACUUUCAGUUUUAUGA